AUGGCAAGAACUCUUCAUCCGGGAGUCGUCGAGGCGGAUUGCCUUCUCUUGCGCCACGCUCGUCGCCAUCGAAUUCUGGUCAAGACCGCGCUUCUGCUACUUCCGCUUCUUUAUCUGGUCGCCCGCCGCGACUUUCACAUCGUUCGAGAGCAGGCUGCUGGACUUGCAGAGGGAGAAAGGUUGAACAGAGAAUGUGAUUGGGAUCACCGAUGGAACUUCAGCGACGCCACGCCAAGUACGCAAGGCAAAUAUGCUAAUGUGACGACGACUGGAAAUUUUGUAUGGGAUCCCAGCGCCUCACAAAUUCCGAAUUCAGAUGUUGCUCGACGUUGGGACGAUCUACCAGCAUUCACCACAUUGACAACCGACGAAGACCGAGAACGCAAAGCAGAGACUCAGAGGCCAGGCACGUUCUCCGUCAUUGCUACUCCCGAGAGCUUUUCCAGUCUACCAGAAUAUGCUGCGACGAGCUUUCGAGCAAGUGGCCGGCGCGAAAGUGCCCAGUCCCUUCAAGAGUCUGUGACCAGCUCGACAUCCUCAGGGGGCCGUUCAAUCACUAGCCAUGACUUGACCACGGUCGUCCUUGAUCGCUUCGAGGAUGCCACCUCUGCAAGCGGUGGUGCUUACUCGCUCGCUACGUCUCCCCGCCUGCCGAACAUGCCGGAUGCGUUACAACGGCUCUCGAUAUCUACAUCAACACCAGUCUCUAUGCUACCCGCUGCUGUCAAUCAACUCGCUACACUUCCUGCUGGGGACGCUCAUCUGAUCGCACACUUCCGGCAGAACAUCACACCGAGACUGCUGCAGCCGACCACAGAUGACAACAAUACGCAAGACUUGGUCCUGGGCUCUACUAGGGAUCUUUUCCAGAUCGAGUCUGCACGUUUCACACCUCUACAUCACGCCAUGUGCGCGAUAAGUGCUCUGAACCUUUCUUACACUGGAAGGAUCUCGCUCGAAGAAGCUCUACAACACUACGAACAUGCGCUAUCUGCCACAUUAACGCCGACUACGGCCGACCACAUGCUCUCUGAUGGCGUUUUCCUUCGUCAUCUACUACUCUUCAUCUACGACAUUUGUGUUCCCAUGGCUCCCGAUCACGAUGGACAUGUAAUGUGGGCGACACAUCUCAGCCAUCUUCGCACGAUAGCCGUGCAACGCCAUCAACGUUUCGGCAGGGAGCCACAUGGAUACCUGCUGUGGUUGAUUUGCGAGCUUGACAUGAAUGCUUGUCUACUAGGCAGCGGAAAUGGCGAGUUUGUCAGCACGAUGCUACAGAAUAAUAUGCUGCCCACUUUGGACCAGCAGAUUCCUGCGUCCUUGAUAGGCUCGCCAUAUUCACAGAACGAGGCUCGCAUCUUGCCAGCGAUACAACGACUCAACGAAGGAGUUGUACUGAAUACGAUCAAGUUGGCACAGCUGGCACAGGCUUGUCGGAGUGAAGCUGCUGCAGUAGCAGUACCAUCACCGGGCGCCAAUGCACGAUGGCAAGCCGCCGUGUCACGUUUGCAGGGCGACUUGGUCAACUUCUGGACAGUGUCAUACCCGGAAUUUCUUGGCCCGGAUACAUGGGAAGCAGGGCGGGCACUCCCACCACGACCACGAUACGUCUUCGAGCAUGCUUUCUUGCUAUACCAAGCAUCCAUCAUCUAUUCCAGGACCUCCAUGUUUCCAUCUCAGCGAACUAUACCGCUUGCCAACCAAGCAGACGUAUACACAGACACAGAGAGACGAUGCUACAGCAUUCUAGCCCUUGCGAGCGAACACGUCUCAGCAUCGCAACAACGCUCAGACUCCAAUACGAUGUCAUACAGACAUAUGGUACUGCCGAUCUUCAUGGCAGGCACAUCAACGACACAGGCCGAUGGUAAGAACCAGGCCAUACAUAUCAUCAAAGCAAUGGAGAGUCCAGCGAAGGGAAGUAUUGGACAGAAUACGCUGCGGACGCGACAGCUGCUCUUGGCCGUGUGCGAGGAGCAGGGACGCGUUGUCAAUGCUGGUGGGAGGAUGGAGCAGGUGGAUUGGUUCGCCAUCGGUCGCGAAAGAGGGUUGAAUAUUGUCAACUGCGGCCUGUGA